CGUGUAUGUGAGUGAGAGGCAAUGAAGUCCAGUAUGAGGCAGUGGCGGAGGCUAGUGCUGGUUGGGAUGCUGGCCUGGGUUCUCCUCUUCCUCGCCCUCCUCUCUUACUUCCUGGAUGCUCGUGUGGAUGAGCCCCUGACCUCUGCUGGCUCCUUACUCUCCCAGCACCCCGACACACGUCGCCUGGCCUCCAUACAAGCCUCCCAUCACCAUCACGCCAUCAUGGGCUCCCGACCUGAGCAGGCUUUGCCGUUAACUACAACCUAUCCCGGAGACGAGCCAGAGCCGUCGGCCAGCUCCAUGACCCCAGAGUCCAGCCUGGAGGCGAGCCGCAGCCCCAACAGUGCUCCCUAUGCCGUCUAUGGCAGCCAGGAAGCCAGCCGCCAGGAUUACCUGGACCCACAGAGCCUGGCUGCCUGGUCCUCCUUUGGUACGGAGAAUGUGGGCUCUCACUCAGACCCUGCAGUACCGAGUCGUGAGAGAACAUCUCAGCUCAAAGAGUAUCAGAACCAUAUAAGAGCCAAACGCCACCGUGAUGGUGGUGAGGAGGAGGAAGAGGAGGAAGAUGCGAGGGAAAAUGAAGAUGAAGAGAUGGGAAACAGAAUUAGCGAGAGACCACACAGACGGGCCGGUGGCGACUCAACGGAUUUGGAAGAAUAUUAUUUCUCCAAAUCGGCAUCUGUGGUGCAGCGGCUGUGGCAAGGCCGUGUCUCCUCCGGCAUGCUGAGUCCUCGGCUACAGCGAGCCAUGAAAGACUACGUGAGCGCCAACAAACACCACGUUUCCUACCAGGGCCAGCGCAUGGCUGCCCAGAGUGCCAAGGAGCUGCUGUGUCAAAUGAAAGCCCAGGCCCGGCUGAGGACGGUGGACGGGUCGGAGCAGCCCUUCUCCUCGCUCGGCUGGGCUCGUCUGGUGCCGUCCCUUCCGCUGGAACAACUCUACAAGCAGCAGGAGCAGAGCAGCUUCAAGACCUGCGCCGUGGUCACAUCGGCUGGUGCCAUCCUGCGCUCUGGCCUGGGCAAAGAGAUCGACCGUCACGAUGCAGUGUUACGAUUCAAUGCUGCACCUACAGACGGAUACGAGAGAGAUGUGGGGAACAAAACCACCAUCCGCAUCAUCAACUCGCAGAUCUUGGCCAAUCCGAAGCAUCGAUUCAACACAAGCUCCAUCUACAAGAACGUGACGCUGGUGGCCUGGGACCCUGCACCUUACACUGUCAACUUACACAAGUGGUACACCAGUCCAGACUACAACCUGUUUGGUCCGUACGUGGAGCACCGCAAGCUCCAUCCUGGCAAGGCUUUCUACAUCCUUCACCCAAGCUACGUGUGGCAACUCUGGGAUGUGAUUCAGGGCAACACUCAGGAGAACAUCCAGCCCAAUCCUCCCUCAUCUGGCUUCAUAGGAAUCCUCCUGAUGAUGUCACUCUGCGAGCAGGUGCAUUUGUACGAGUACAUUCCCUCCAUGAGGCAGACGGACCUGUGCCACUACCACGAGCGAUAUUAUGAUGCUGCGUGUACACUGGGUGCCUACCAUCCCCUUCUAUAUGAAAAGAACCUGAUCCAGCGGAUCAACACGGGCCCCGAGAGUGACCUCCGCAGGAAGGGACGGGUCACUCUCCCAGGCUUCAGCACCUUCAACUGUGACAUCUGAAAUAUGAAACCUGAACCUCUUUGUCCUACACACACACACACUCUGGCCUUUUCUGGCUGACUAAGGGAGAGGUGCAAUAAAACCACUGGAGACAUGGAGGCUGAAGCUUACAAGAUUCAAAUUAGACCCACGAAGAACAUAAGCCAUACCACUCCAGGGAGGGAUCAAUGCGGAGGCUUCAGAAAGAACUUGUCUUCAUCAAGAUGGUUUACUAGACCAGAGACUUCCAGGAAGAGUCUCCAAGAUGUGGAUAUGAAAAUUUCUCUCUGCUUUAGCUGAGCCACGUUAGCUGUGGAGCUGACUAGGGUAGCAACAGAUCAGUGUUUUUAGAUAGACACGUGAGUUUUCAAUAA